ACUCACAUAAUGUAAACACAACACAGUAGCAACUGUACGUAGUUUGGUAUCCUGGAUUCUGCUGGUAAAUACUUUCUGUUGAUUAAAGAUUGCAUAUACAGCUUGUAUCAGUGUAGGAUCAUGGCGUAUCGUAACUUGUAUUUAAGCCAAUACUUACCUAGAAGUUUUCAAAAAGUUGCAGACGAUGUAUCUAAUGUUGGAGUAAAACAAUAUUUAUAUCAAAACUACGUUACAGGAAAUGCAGAAAACAAUAACAACCCAAGUCUUAACAGUUCAAAUGUAAUUGGUCGACUAUCAUGUGUUACAAGUUAUUUCCAAAAUCUGGUCAAAUCCCAAAGAGAAGCAAGAAACAGUGAGCAUGAUAUGAAUGAAGGGAAGAUGGUUGACCCCGAUGAUUAUUUCCAUGCUUUGAAGAAUAGUUGCAACAAUGUUCCACAGUGUUGUGUUGAACCAUACAUAUUGAAGGGAUACGUUCUACCACAUAUGCCACUAAGAUAUUAUUUCAAAGUUCUUUAUAUCCCCAACAACGAGUUGUUCAAUGUUUGGACUCACUUGUUUCCUUGUUUAUUCUUUAUUUCCAUGUUAUAUCAGUUUAACCAGUCGUUAAACUUGUUUGAAUCAUGGCCGGUGCUCAUUGUAACUGUGUCUGCUAUUCUUCUUACUCUGUGUAGUUCGUUAGCUCACCUCUUUCAUUCCAGGUCAAGCUUCCAACAUUGUUGUUGGUUCAUGGUUGAUUACUUUGGCAUCACCACCUUUGCUUAUUCUUCCACGGUAUCUCACUUCUUUGCAUCUUCACAGUUGUCUUACUACAACAGGAUCGGUUGGUUGAACUUGCUUGUCUUCACUUUGAUCGCGUGUUGUGGGUUCUUAUGCAUGUCGUUCACUCAAGCAGGCAAUAGAUGGCAGUCGGUGGAAAACGCAAGAAAGAUGAAACUAUGGUCGACUGUGUUUGGUUAUUUAUAUGGCAUGUUGCCUAUUAUGCAUAGAUAUUUGAUCAACGCAGAGAAUGACCAUGCAUUAUAUUACCACAAGUUGCAGUUUAUAUGCAUGUUGUUGUGCCCGUUGUUCUAUACAUCGGACUUGCCACAAAAAUUAUGGCCCGGGAAGUUUGACAUCGUAGGCCAUUCUCAUCAAAUAUUCCAUGUUUUUGCGGCACUGUCAUGUUAUUUUGAGAUUGUAGCAAUUCACAUGGAUGUGACGGAUAUAAAUGGGCCGUGGAACGCAUUGAAACAUCAAAAUGACUUCCCAACAUUUGAAUUGUUCUGCACGUGCGCACUUGCUCUCAUAGUAUAUUGCAUAAUCCUUGCUAUAUACAUAGCGAGGAGCAUACAUGCUGAUUUUAUCGAAGAGAUUCCUGCAUGUCAAUGCAGUGAUUUGAACAAGAAUCAUCAACAGAAAAAAGUUGAUUAAAUUAAACAUUAUGUUUUAUUUCACUGUUCUAAUAUUUUGCACUUACAAGUACGAAAGUUUUAACAUUGCCGAUUGUAUUUCUAUGUUUUAACAUUAUUUUAAUAUUUUCACUUAAUUGCCUUCAGGUAGACUAUUAUGCAUUAAAGUUGUUAUUUUAUUGUAGUUUUUUUUACUCAUAGAAUAAUAUCAUGGUUCCAAGGUACAUAUCCAUGUAUGCAGUGUAUAACUGCCAAACAAACUAUGUAGAUUUAUAUCAAAAUAAAUUAAAAUACCCAUUUUAUAAAUCCUAACAAAAUAGACAGUUUUAUAAAAAGAAUUGAUAAAUAUGUUAAGGCAAAUGAUAUACAAUUUAAGCACGUGUUAUGAUUAUGGUAAAUAAAAUUAAUAUUUAAAUAUAUUUUCAUAAAAAUCUACAUAGUCUGUUACUUCUGCAACACCAAUGCGUUUAUGGAUAGAUUAAUCAAGAAGCGUUUAAAGUUAAUUAAAUAAUAUUUACUUUAACUUGUAUAUAUUGUAUGUUGAUAUUAUUUGAGUAAUCAGGGUUGAAAUAUAUAACACACAUACACGCACAUAUACAUAUAUCUACACUCAUAUUACACAGUUAUGCAUUAUAAAUCCCCAACAUUCACAACUAAGAUGUCUUCACAUGUUUUACAUCCAAGUGUUUAUGCAAUGUAUGUUCCCAAUAUUGUGUCUUGUUUUCUUUCCAGAAUAAUAAUUUCAGAUAUUUAUGUUAAUUAAUAAACGAGUUUAAAUAACAA